AUGGUCGGAAAAUUUCCCUCAAUGGCGCCUCACCACGCAUUCAGCUGGAAGUGUUUCUAUCGAAAUUUCGCGAGUGAAGCCCAUUUCCUGUGAGGACGUUUUUAGUGUUUAUAUCAAAUAUCCUUUUCAAGUGGAAUUCAGGUGAGAAAUUGCAAGAGGUUUUGAGGAUGUCCAUUCGGGUGAUUUGUGGGGGUGAUUGUCGCGUGUGUUUUUCCGCAGUGAUUUUUCUUCUGCAUUGUUAAACCGUGAAAGGUGUCAGGAAAUUUUCGCGUGUUUGUCCUCAUAACAUAUUUUUAAUUCCAAUCUCGUGAUGAUUUUUCCGCGAAUGAUGCUGCCCUGGGUGGCAGAAUUGGCAUUUUUUGGGGUCAUUUUGAUGGUGCAGUGAUCACUGAAGGACACACUGUGUGACUCCUUGCAGGAGGAACACCCCCUUUGGUGAAAGAGAGAGAAAGAGAGAGAGAGAGAGAGUGGUGCAACUUGGAGGCGGAAGGAGGAAGCAACAACAACAACAACAAUCAAAAAAAAAGGAGGACAGUAAGGAGAAAAGUCGUUGGGUGGCGCGUGAGAAAUUGCCUGCACACGGUGAUGGGGGUUGGAACCCCCGCGAGAAAUGCAACAACCCCGGUACAUGCCAUCGGUUUCUGAUCUGUACGGGACGGAUGAGAUAGAAUUUCUCCUGGAAGAAAUACGAGACUUAGAACCGGCCUGCUGUCAGCUCGAAGAUAUUCAGGACUUUGAAAUAGCUGGCAGCAGAGCCGGAGAAUUGUCUAUAUCUCUCGAGUCACCGCUCGGCACAGUGACUUCGUGGGAUUCACACGCUCAAUACCGCGCCAGGCUGGGAAACAUGCAGGUGCCCUGGGGAGGAGUUCAGCUGCACUGCGAUACGACGCACCUCAAAACUCCCACGGGAAUCGUGCGCAUCCUGCUUGUGGUUUCCUCGGCCAUUUGCCUGGCGUGUGAGUGUUCAGCAGGAACUGUCCAAGUUGGUCUGUUCCUGCUUCCGUUGAUCGGCCGAUUGCGUCUGAUGGUGUUCUGUGCACUAUUUUCCCUCCUCCUCACGUGCUUGAUGCUCUUCUUGGACAUCUCCCACAUCGCCCUCGUGCUCCCCUUCAACUGGGCCCGUGUCAAUGCCUGGGUCUACCUAAGCAUCGGGCUCAUCUUUAUCCUGGGAUCAUCCCUACUUCUACACAUGGUUCUUUUCGCCGAGGCCUUUAUCUGGGUACCACGGCAUACUAAAGAUACCCUUUUUGUCUCUGCCAUUAUCGGAUAUGUGUGCGCCUUGGAGGCCUUCCUUCUUUCCGCCUUCACGCAGUGCCCGUCCAAAUAUCGCCAAGUGCCGGAUGACCCGAGCGAGGCACUAGAUCGCGAAUUGAGUCCACUUAGCACAUCCGAAGUGCCCAAUCACACCCACACUGAUGGUCCCAAUUCCCACAAUUCCCUCCUAAAGGCCACGACGCCCACUGCGUCCAUCUGCAACCAAAAGCCUUACAUACCCGCCAAACGUCCAGAUCAGGCUUUCAACAAAGCCCCGACGCUGGGUAAUCCCCAAAAGUCGAGUAAUCGGAAUCGCCAAGGUUACCAUUAUCAACCAAUUGCGUCCACAUCCCAACAGAGUCCAACUUUUGUCCUCGACAACUCGAUCCCCGGAUCGUCAGUCAAGUCGAAAUCCAAUAAUUCUAGUGCGUGAUAAUUUAUGUGCAAAUUGAACACUCAACAUGGAGUUAUUUGUAAGUUUAAUGAAGAUGGUUCUCCCCAUUCUUCCCCCGCCCCCCCAAAUAGUGAAUUGCUGAGAGUUUUUUUUCGGGUAGAAUUGAGACGACGAGAAAAAUGUAUAAUCGAGUAAAAUAUAUAUACAUAUAUAUCACUUUUAAAUGUAAACUAACAAAAAAUGAAACUUGACAGGUAACGUUAGUUAAAUUUCGAAAUUGCGCAGUCACUCACUGUUUAAUUCCUUCCUGCAAGGAACACAAUAAAAGCGCAACGAAGACAUUAUUUGUAUUUUAAAACAGGAAAAAAAGAGAGAAAAUAGUUUAGGGGAGUUAAAGAAAAAAAAACAAUCUGAAAUAUUUCUUCAUUAUAUAAAAAAAAAAUUGAUUUCAUUUUUCAAAGUCCACACUUAAUGUAACAACUUUUUAGUCACCUCUAGGGAAAAAAAAGAAUUGUAAAUUAAAAGUGGAAGAAAUCGUGUAAAAUCCUCUAUAUAUGAAUGUCCCAAUGAGACGCGAAAUAAAGCAGAAUUUGAAAAAAAAAAAA